GCCAUGGUGGGGCUCAACUACACCUCUCUGCCCGACUUCAUCCUCGUCGGCUUCUCCACCUUCCCGCAGCAGCUCCUGCCUGUUUUCUUCUUGCUGUUCCUCUUGAUGUAUCUCUUCACGCUGCUGGGCAACCUGCUCAUCAUGGCCACCAUCUGGAGCGAGCGCAGCCUGCACACGCCCAUGUACCUCUUCCUCUGCGCCCUCUCCAUUUCCGAGAUCCUCUACACCUUUGCCAUCAUUCCCCGCAUGCUGGCCGACCUGCUCUCCACCCACCGCUCCAUCGCCUUCCUGGCCUGUGCCGGCCAGAUGUUCUUCUCUUUCACCUUCGGCUUCACCCACUCUUUGCUGCUCACCGUCAUGGGCUACGACCGCUACGUGGCCAUCUGUCACCCGCUGCGCUACAAUGUGCUCAUGAGCCCCCGGGGCUGUGUCUUCCUGGUGGCCUGGUCCUGGGCCGGUGGCUCUGCCGUUGGGCUGGUGGUCACGACCUCCAUUUUCUGCCUCAACUUCUGUGGAUCCAAGGAGAUCCAGCAUUUCUUGUGUCACGUGCCCCCUCUGCUGAAGUUGGUCUGCGGGAGGCAUGUGCCGGCCGUGGCCCUGGGCGUGGGUCUGGUGUGCAUCACGGCCCUCCUGGGCUGCUUCCUCCUCAUCCUCCUCUCUUACGCCUUCAUCGUGGCCACCAUCUUGAAGAUCCCGUCAGCCGAGGGCCGCCACAAAGCCUUCUCCACGUGCGCAUCCCACCUCACGGUGGUGAUCGUGCACUAUGGCUUUGCAUCGAUCAUCUAUCUCAAGCCCAAGGGCCCUCAUUUCCAAGAAGGCGACACCCUCAUGGCUACCACCUACACGGUCCUCACACCCUUCCUGAGCCCCAUCAUCUUCAGCCUCAGGAACAAGGAGCUGAAGAACGCCAUGAAGAAGAAAUUUCUCAGGGAAUUCCGCUCCUCUGACAGCUAG